AUCAUCCGAAGGAGUGGAGUCUUCGCCAUCAUCGGGCGGCUUUUGCCGCUGGCUAGCGGAGAUCGCUCCGGUCUUGAAAGCAGACAAAUUCUCCACAGACACUCUGCCUCUAUACCAGCAACGAAUGGCAAAGAGAAAACGAGGCUCGAAAUCUCAAGAGGAAGCCUCAGGGCCGGAUCUCAAUGUUGGAUCUUCGAAGAAGCGUAUCCGUACUUACGAAGAUGUCGCAGACAGUGACGACGAUUUCCAUCUCCAGCGAGACAAGGUAUUACUGGGUCAAGAGUCGGAGGCGAAGCGUCGUAGGCAAUGGGAAGAGCAGGAAGAGUUCCUAGAGCCAUCGGACGAGGAGGUUUUUGACGAUGGGGAAGAUGAUAGUGAAGACGAGGAAUUGGAGGGCGGCGACGCUGCGCUUGUACACCAUGACGAGCUGUCAGAGUCUGAAGAUGGAAGAGACGUCGUGGAAGAAGAGGACGAGUCAGGCUGGGGGACUUCCAAGGCUGACUUAUAUGGCGCGGACGCUAUCGAGACUGAGGAGCAGGCGUUGGAAGAAGAAGCGGAAGCGUUGCGCCUGCAGAAGAAACAAUUGCAGGCGAUGAGUGCAGCGGACUACAGCCUUGAUGAAGCAGACUGGCGAGAAGCUGGCGAUGGGAAAGGCCUGGACGCGGAUGGUUCCGACGAUGUUGUUACUGAGAUCCUACCGCAACUGCAACUGACCGACGAUAUGGGACCGGCGGAAAGGCUGAAGCUUCUCAAGACACGCUACCCGGAAUUUGAGCCUCUGAGUAAAGAGUUGCUUCACUUACAGGACCUACAUGACGAACUUUCGAAAGAAGCAAGGCCAUCAAACGCGGAUGUUACAACGGCCAGUCGUCCAAAUGUGGUCACGAAGUUAAGAGCGGCGUCCGCAUACCUAGGCGCGCUGACGAUGUAUUUCGCUCUACUCACUUCGACGGCUUCUUCCGGCCAGAGGGAAUCGGCCGCAAUGUCUGCGAUAAAGCUCCGAGACCAUCCAGUCAUGGACAGCUUGGUACAAUGUCGUGAGCUUUGGCAGCAAGUUAGAAACCUCCCUGCUGAUUCCGCGAUGAUACAUGCAGUAACGGACGUUGAUAACGGUUCUACGGAGGCAACAGACGGCCUCCUGGCCGAACCAGUUGGCCAUUCGGGCGUUGAACAACAGCCCAGGAAGAGUCGAGCGCAACGUCAUGCUGAGGCGGCUCGAGCAGCAGCUAAUGCGCGCAAGGCCGAACGCCUGGCGAGAACGGAGGCCGAUCUAGCCGGUCUGGAUACUUUGAUUGCACCUGCUGCACGGCGUAGCAAUAAACUUCCAAAGGCCGCCUCACGAGCAGAAGGCGCGGAAAGUGGCGACUUGGACUUAGGCGAGGAAGCACCAUUAACCGCCCGAGAGCUGGCAGACAAGGCGCAGCGAAAGAAGAGUCUUCGCUUCUACACUUCGCAAAUUGCGCAAAAGGCCAACAAGCGCGGCGCCUCUGGGCGUAAUGCUGGCGGCGACGAAGAUGUACCAUACCGUGAGCGCCUGAAGGACCGACAGGCGCGCCUGAACGCUGAGGCGGAGAAGCGCGGUCGCCGUGAACCAGAUACCGGAGCUGAUCUCGGUGGCGAGCUCGACGAUGAAGACGUGCAGCAAGCCAAGCAAAUCCGCGCAGAGAACGGGAAUGACGACUACUACGACCUUGUUGCCGCUCGUACUGCGAAGAAGAAAGCGAACAAGGCUGCGCUUGUUGAGGCGCAACGACAAGCCGCCGUGCAAGGCGGACGGGUUGUUGAAGAGGAGACAGUAGGAGCGGAUGGCAAGCGCAAAAUCACCUAUGCUAUCGAGAAGAACAAAGGUUUGACGCCGAAUCGAAGAAAGGAGUUGCGCAAUCCCAGAGUGAAGAAGCGGGUGAAGUACGAGGCCAAGAAAAAGAAGUUGGCCAGUAUGAAGCCCGUAUACAAGGGCGGUGAGGGGAGAGGAGGGUAUGGGGGAGAGUUGACGGGUAUCAAGAAAGGGUUGGUGAAGAGUGUGAAGCUGUGAAGGCGGCUCACGAUAACCCUGCUGCACCAAACCAAGUAUCGGUACGCAAUGCAUCUUUUUGACCAGCCUUCUGCGUCCUACCACCGUUCUCCGCACCACCCGUUUAGUGUUCUCGCUUUCGUUCUCGUUGUCAAGUCUGCCGAAGCUUGCGCUAUUUCCUGCACGCUUCAGUUCUGCUUUCGGGGGCAAUUCCAUACAACGCGCAUGCAUUCUCUCCACUUAGGUUUGCAUUGCAUCGCGAUGCAUGCACGGCACAAUAUGACGCCCUUACGGCUCACUCUGUUUAU